AUGCAACGCAUAAAUUAUGAAAAAAAGAGUGUGUCUUUUAGCAAGAAUGUGAAGAGAUGGAGACAAGAUGAACUUGCAGCUCUCCUAGAAGUGACUAGAGUGGAUAAACAUGAAAAAUACUUGGGUCUGCCAACAGAGAUUAGCUAUUCCAAGACUGAAGUUUUUGGGUUCCUAACUGAGAGAGUAAGGAAACGUACUCAAGGUUGGAGAGCAAAGACUUUAAGUGCAGCUGGGAAGGAGAUAAUGAUCAAGGCAGUGACACAAUCCAUCCCUACCUACGUCAUGAGCUGCUUUGAACUUCCCAAACAUUUGUGCUUGGAAAUGCAUAGCUUAAUGGCCAAGUUCUGGUGGGGGGACAAACUUAAUGUGAAGAAGAUACAUUGGCUAGCUUGGGAGAAAUUGUGUGUACCUAAAUCUGAGGGGGGUCUUGGAUUCCGGAAUACGGUGCAUUUUAAUCAGGCACUUCUUGCGAAACAAGGGUGGAGAAUCCUUCAAAACCCAGAUUCGUUGAUUGAUAGGAUGUACAAGGCAAAAUACUUCCCGAACUGUGGUUUCAUGGAGGCCAAGGGGAGGGGGAAGAGUUCAUCGUAUGCAUGGAAAAGCAUCAUGCAUGGCCGUGAGCUUUUAAGGAAGGGGAUAAGGUUACAGAUUGGCAAUGGCAGCCAGGCUUACGUUUGGACAGACCCAUGGCUACCGAUUGCACAUAGCUUUAGACCUAUUUCUGUGCCAAUGGAGGGACUGGAAGAUCUCACUACUAGAAAAAGGGUCUAA